CUGUCCUAUCAAAGGUUUUGAACGCGUCUGACCUUUUCUCAAACCUGAACUAAUCUCACUCCCUCUAUAUAAUAAUCACACAUAACCCAUACAACCUUUCACCUGAGGUUGCUUUCAAUUAUCAUUUUCUAUCUAUAUAAUUCUUCCUCCAUUAGAACCAACCCAACAGCAAAGAAAGCAAGCAAACUGUUAUAUUCUCACUCUUUAAUAGUAACAAGAGUUGGCAAAACUAACUAAUUCAGCAGAAACGAAGAACAGAAGAAAAGGAAACAGAAGAUGAAGUUUGGGAAGGAGUUCAGGGCACAAAUGGUGCCAGAAUGGCAAGAUGCGUACGUGGACUAUGAUUUUCUCAAGACCCUUUUGAAAGAAAUUCAGAGAUUCAAGAUAAGGAACAAGCCACCGCAGCCCACCACAUCAUCUGGUGGUCUAAAGAGAAAGCUCACCCUGUACAGAGCUUUCAGUGGUCUGAUACAGAAGAAUAACAAUUACAGCCCAAGAGUAAGCCCUUCUUCUUCUUCAGAUGCUGAUCUUGAAAGCCAAGCCAUUUUGGUCAACACAGUGAGCCGCGAUGGCUCUCAAAGCUAUGAAACUACUUUCCUUAUGUCUUCUGAUGAAGGAGGAGAGUAUGAGCUUGUUUACUUCAGAAGGCUUGAUGAAGAGUUCAAUAAGGUGGAGAAGUUUUAUAAAGCUAAAGUUGAUGAGGUUUUGAAAGAAGCUUCUAUGUUGAAUAAGCAAAUGGACGCUUUGAUUGCGUUUAGGAUCAAAGUUGAGAAUCCUACUGGCUGGAAUGAUAGGUCCGCUGAUAUGACUCGCCUUGCUUCGGAUGUUGCUGCGUCGGCUGCUGCAUUGGCUGCUUCCACUCCUUCUGGAGCUAGAGCAAGCAGAAGAGUUCAUUUAAUGGAUGUGAUCGAAGAAGCAUCAAGCCGGCACGAGAAAUCAGAUGAGUCUAGUCAUAAUAAUAGAGCUGAGGAGGAGGAGGAGGAUGAUGGAGAUGGAAUUAUCCCAAAGGUAGAAGCAGAGAAGCCAAAGAUGAUUAGAAGCAAUAUUAGACCAGCUCCAUUGGAGAUAUUAAAUCGUGUAAAGAUUAACAACACACUGGAGACUCCCAGAUCUACCAUUAAAGGCGUCCUCAAAGUUCCUCAGCAUACAGAAUUGAAAUUCACAAGGGAAAAUCUUCGAAAGGUUGAGGAGCAACUCAAGCGUGCUUUUGUCGCAUUUUACCAGAAGCUUCGCCUUCUCAAGAGUUUCAGCUUCUUGAAUACCUUGGCAUUUUCCAAAAUCAUGAAGAAGUAUGACAAGAUUACUUCAAGAAAUGCAUCAAAAGCUUACAUGAAAAUGGUAGAUAAUUCCUGUCUUGGAAGCUCUGAUGAGAUAACCAAACUCAUGGAAAGGACUGAGGCCACAUUUAUUAAGCAUUUCUCAAACGCGAAUCGCAGCAAGGGGAUGAGCGUAUUAAGACCAAAAGCUAAAAGAGAAAGACACAGAACAACAUUUUCAACGGGUUUCUUCUCUGGCUGCACAAUAGCUCUGAUAAUAGCCCUUAUUUUUGUAAUUCGUAUCCGCCAUAUCGAUAUGGAUGACCCAGAGGGAGAAAAAUAUAUGAUAACCCUGUUUCCACUUUAUAGCUUGUUUGGAUUCAUUGUCCUGCACUUGCUUAUGUAUGCUGCCGAUAUAUACUUCUGGAGGCGAUAUCGAGUUAAUUAUUCCUUCAUAUUUGGUUUCAAACAAGGAACAGAAUUAGGGUAUCGACAAGUUCUUCUUCUCGGUUUCGGUAUAGCAACACUAGCUCUGGUCUCUGUGCUAUCAAAUCUUGACAUGGAGAUGGACCCUAAAACAAAGGAUUACAAGCCAUUAACCGAACUUCUUCCUAUGUUCCUCGUUAUAUUUCUACUGGUCCUAUUGAUCUUGCCACUCAAUGUUCUGUACCGCCCAGCUCGAUUCUUCUUCCUCACAUGCGUCUUUCACUGCAUUGCCGCUCCUCUCUACAAGGUUACGCUUCCGGAUUUCUUCUUGGCAGAUCAAAUGACUAGCCAGGUUCAAGCCAUCAGAAGUUUGGAGUUCUAUAUCUGCUACUAUGGUGGGGGAGACUAUAAGGUCAGAGAAAACACUUGUAAAACAAGUGAUGUUUUCAACACCUUCUACUUCCUUGUUGCCGCGAUUCCAUAUUGGGCUCGUCUUCUUCAGUGCCUUAGGCGCCUGUUCGAAGAAAAGGAUAUAAUGCAAGGAGUUAAUGGAGGAAAAUAUCUUAUAACAAUAGUAGCAGUUUCCUUAAGGACAGCUUACAGUCUAAAUAAAGGGUAUGCUUGGGGAGUAAUAGCAGUGAUUUUCUCAGUCUUAGCAGCACUGUUUGGUACAUAUUGGGAUCUCGUUUUCGACUGGGGACUUCUGCAGCGCAAUUCCAAGAACCGUUGGCUAAGAGACAAACUCCUUGUUCCUCGGAAAAGUGUAUACUAUGCAGCCAUGGUGGCGAAUGUCUUGUUGCGAUUUGCCUGGCUGCAAACUGUCCUGAACUUCAAGAUGUUUUCUUUACAUAAGGAAACGUUGAUCACCAUUGUUGCUAGCCUUGAGAUAAUUCGCCGUGGCAUCUGGAAUUUCUUCAGGUUGGAAAAUGAGCAUUUGAACAACGUAGGAAAGUACCGCGCGUUCAAGUCAGUGCCGCUACCUUUCAACUAUGACGAGGAUGAUGACAAAGAUGAAUAGACUUUUUAGCAAGAUUUAAUUGAUAACAAAAUCCAGAAAAAGAAUAAUAAUGAACACAGGAAGAAUUUUUGUAAAUGGUAUUUAUAAAAUUUUAAGGCUGGCCGAUUUUGUAACAAGCAAAUGAGAUGGUUUCGUUGGUUCAAGUUCACUGUAUCCCAGUUUUGUAAAUCUAUUGUAUUCUUUUUCUUUUUCUGUAAAUAUUAUUAAUUUGUAGGAACAUAAAAGUUUGAUUUAAUACAAUUACUCCUUAUUCUAAA